UCAAGUAUAAAAAGCGCACGAAAUGAAUCAGUUUCCCCACGAGAAAGAGAGGGAGUGAUGAUCAGUAUAGCAAUAACAACACCUCCGCCGCCCUUUUCACCUUAAAAUCAUACAGAUUUCCCUCAAAAGAUCUCCUUCACCCACACGUUAUCCCACCCUCGAUUUAACCAACCUUUCCCAACAACGCCUCUAUAAAUCCUCAUUCAUUAUUCCCAAUCAUACACACAAACACAAAAAAUGGUGGCGGCAGCACCCGAUGGAGAAGUCGUGGCGGUCGUGGUCGUCCGAGAAUACGACGAGAAGAAAGACUCCGCCGCCGUCGAGCAAAUGGAGAAUCGCUGCGAGGUGGGCCCCAGCGGCAAGCUCUCCCUCUACACCCACCUCUUAGGCGACCCCAUCUGCCGCGUCCGCAACUCCCCCGCUUAUCUCAUGCUUGUGGCGGAGCUGGUGGUGGUGGGCGGCGGGCAGGACAAGGAGCGCCGCGAGAUCGUGGGCGCGAUACGCGGCUGCAUCAAGACGGUCACGUGCGGCACCAAGCUGUCGAGGUUAGCCAACAAAUCCAUCCCCAUCUACGCGAAGCUCGCGUACGUGCUGGGCCUCCGCGUCUCCCCGUCCCACCGCCGGAUGGGGAUCGGGCUGAAGCUGGUGCGGCGGAUCGAGGCGUGGUUCGGCGAGAACGGCGCCGAGUAUUCCUACAUGGCCACGGAGAACGACAACCAUGCAUCCGUCGCCCUCUUCACCGCCAAAUGCGGCUACUCCAAAUUCCGCACCCCUUCCAUCCUCGUCCACCCCGUCUUCGCCCACCGCCUCCGCCCCGACCCCCGCCUCGCCGUUAUAAAACUCUCCCCCGCCGACGCCGAAACCCUCUACCGCCGCCGCUUCUCCUCCACCGAAUUCUUCCCCCGCGACAUCGACGCCGUCCUCAACAACAAGCUCAACCUCGGCACCUUCCUCGCCGUCCCCGCCGCCGCCGGAGCCUUCACCUCCGCCGCUGAAUUCCUCUCCCACCCGCCGGAAUCAUGGGCGGUGAUGAGCGCGUGGAAUUGCAAGGACGUCUACAAGCUCGAGGUCCGCGGCGCGUCGCGCGUGAAGCGGGCCCUGUUCAAAACCACGCGGGCCAUUGACCGGGCCUUCCCGUGGCUCGGGCUGCCGUCAGUGCCGCAGGUUUUCAGCCCGUUCGGGUUUUAUUUUCUGUACGGGCUAGGAGGGGAUGGGCCGGAUGCCGUUAAAAUGAUGCGGGCCCUAUGCGGGUGGGCCCACAAUCUAGCUAAAGAUGGCGGGUGCGGAGUGGUGGCGACGGAGGUGGCGGAUAGCGAGCCGCUCAGGUUAGGAAUACCGCACUGGGAAAGCUUAUCGUGCGCCGAGGAUUUGUGGUGCAUUAAGCGGUUAGGGGAGGACUACAGUGACGGCUCUGUCGGUGACUGGACAAAGUCGCCACCUGGCACUUCCAUUUUUGUCGAUCCGAGGGAGUUCUGACCUGACCUGACCUUUUUAGUUUGGAUACAUCUAAUUAGACAAUAAUAGUAAGGAUAUGUUAAUUUUGAUGAUUAUCAGUGUUGUGGUGGAUGAUUAGUGGUAGUGGUGGAGGAAAUGGGAUAGGGGAUAUGAAUCAAACUUUUUCUUGUCUAGUUGCUGUUGUUGUAAAAGGGAAUAUCCCAAUCUUUUUCUGUAAAUGAAUGUAGUUCUUGAUUUAUUAGUAAUUUAGUGAGGUGGGAUUU